CACUGUCAGCUACUUUGAAUAAAGUAAUUCCAAAAAAUCCUAACCUUAAAAUCAAACGUUUUGAAUCAUGCUUUGCUUUGCUUGUUUGCUUUGAUAAUAAUAUUUCAAUUUCUUUUAUCUUGCAAACAAUUUACAUACAUCAUCAGUGAAUACAUGUCUAGAUAUUUUUUUUAUUAAAAUACAUUAACACCAUGGAUUUGUUUGUAAUUAACAGAUACCGAGAUACUGAAGAUGAACUUAACUUAAAAGAACAAGAAUCAAAAAAUUUAGAAAAGUUGAAAAAAACUAUUGAGGAACGAAAGAAAAGUAAUAGAGAUGAUCAAAAAUCUGGCUAUCAUCAAGACAAAAUUACUGAAACAAAAGAUAAUCAACUUCAAUCUUCGAAUAGUGUUACAGUGGUAGAUGAACAAUGUUCACAAACUGUAUUAGUUUCUCAAGAUGUAAAUGUUUGUGAAGAAAGAAAGAACAUAGAAAAACCAGAGUUUAAAGUACUUGGUGGCAAAGAUUUUGAGAAAAAAGCUAAGGUGCAAAGAAUCCUUCCGUAUUGGUUAUCCCAUCCCUUUAGCAUCUCAACAAACUUACAAAAGUUAUCAAGUACCGUGGAAGACCUAACUUGGUUAGACCCUAGUUUAAGGUCUAUGUUAUUGAGUGAAGGUGUCACUCAUCUGUUCCCGGUGCAAGAGAAAGUUAUACCAUUCAUAUUAAAACAACACACAAUACAGCAACCUUUUUGGCCCCAUGACAUUUGUGUAUCUGCUCCUACUGGUAGUGGGAAGACUUUGGCAUUUGUUUUGCCAAUAGUACAGAUUUUAAAGAAUGACAUAGGACAUCAUAUUAGAGCACUUAUAGUGUUACCUGUACAAGAGCUGGCAAGUCAAGUAGCAAAAGUAUUCAAAAAGUAUACAUUGAAAACCAGACUAAAAGUUGCAUUGCUUAGUGGUUCUACUCCACUACAUCAGGAGCAACCACAAAUUGUUCGACAUACUGAGUCAAUGGGCUGGAACAGUGAAGCUGAUAUAGUAGUGUGUACUGCUGGGAGAUUAGUUGAACAUAUUCAAAACACUGAUGGUUUCUCAUUGAAGCACCUAAAAUUUCUGGUCAUUGAUGAAGCUGACAGAAUAAUGGAUCAUAUUCAGAAUGAUUGGCUAUACCACAUGGAUAGGCAUAUAAAGCUUGAAAAUGAGUUGAUGACUGGCAAAAUUCCAACACUGAGUUGGCAUAAUCUCAGUGAACAGAAAGCACCACCACACAAGUUGCUGUUUUCAGCGACAUUAUCACAGGAUCCGGAAAAAUUGGAACAAUGGGGUCUUUUCCAACCAAGAUUGUUUUCAGCUGUAGCUGUUGAUGAUUUUGAAGAUGAAGACAACAUACGAAAGUAUACUACUCCUGAAGAAUUAACAGAACAUAUUGUUCUAUGCAAUUCUGAAAACAAACCCAUAGUUUUAUAUUAUUUCCUGAUUAAUAAAAAAUGGGACAAGGUAUUAUGUUUCACAAAUUCAGCACAGUCAGCGCACAGAUUAGCAAUUCUUCUAAAUAUUUGGGGAAAUGGACUGCUGAAAGUGGCAGAGCUGUCAGCUGCUUUGGACAGGGCAUCAAGAGAAACAGUUUUGAGAAAAUUUACUCAAUCAGAAAUUAAUGUAUUGAUAGGUACUGAUGCAUUAGCAAGAGGUAUAGACAUACCAGAUUGCAACUAUGUAAUCUCAUAUGACCCACCAAGGAACAUAAAGACAUACAUUCAUAGGGUGGGACGAACAGGACGAGCUGGGCGCCUUGGAAAUGCUGUAACAAUUUUGCUGCAGAAUCAAAUUACUUCCUUUAUGGAUGUGAUGAAAUUUGGCGGAAAGAAAAAUUUACCUCAAAUAGAAAUACCAACAGAAGUGAUAGAAAGUGUUUUAGAAAGCUACCAAAGAGCUAUACAGGAAACUAAAGAUCAGAUACAUGAUGAAAAUAAUUCUAAAGUUCAAAAGUCCAUCGGUGUAAAGAGAGGAUUUAAUCCUCAAAAAAGAAAAUUGUCAAUUUAGAAUAAAUAUACUUAACAAAUG